UUUUAGAUUUGGUCACCUUGUUUUCGUAUAUUAUGAAAUAACAGCCACAGUUGGUGAUGAUGAACGUUCUCCGUUCUAUGUUCGGGGGGUGCAGUAGUUCUGCAGAGAAGGGGGAGGUGCACGACACUGUGCGCAGGAUCUUCGGCAACGAGCUGGUCAUGAAGGAUAACUCUGACAAGCAUAAUCAGAGGACCAAAUAUGUAAGUCAUAUACAGGAGAACCUACCAAAAAUGUUGGAUUCAAAAACGAUACAAAAAUCUAAAUCAUCUAAAAAGCGCACGCCAGCGACACCCGAUAAUACUGAUGCCUCCGAUGAAAGACCUGGUCGCAUAGGACCUAAACUUGUUGUAUUUGAUGCACUAACAGGUACUGGCAGACUGGUUCUCGUGGGAGACGAGCGCGUCAGUGUACAGGGUCUAUCCAAUUUCGCAACGAUAAGAGCUACGGCUUGCGUUUAUGCAGGGAAGUGGAUGUACGAAGUUCAAUUGGGUACGAAAGGCAUUAUGCAGAUCGGCUGGUGCACUUCAGCUUGCCAAUUCUCCAUGGACACAGGAGUUGGAGACACAGCUCAUUCCUACGCGUAUGACGGCGGUAGAGUGAGACGAUGGAAUGUCGCUACAUCACCGUAUGGUCAGACUUGGCUUCCUGGUGACGUCAUAGGCUCUUGUAUAGAUAUGGAUAAGGGCACCUUAGAGUACUUCAGAAAUGGCCAAUCCCUUGGAGUGGCUUUCAACCGGGUAACACGUGGGUCUGGACUCGCUUAUUUUCCAGCUGUAUCCUUAGCUAUGCAAGAACAUCUUUACGCAAACUUCGGACACUUACCAUUUAUUUUCCCAGUAGAAGGUUACGCACCAAUCCAAGUACCCCCUUCUCGGGAAUGUCUACGAGCUGCCAUACUUUUAAAAUCACUCGAUGCAUUAAUUGAUGAGCUGGAGAAGCUAUCUGAUCUGAAACCAUCAGUCACUGCUAAGAGCAGUAAGACAAAAUCAGAGACAUCUAAAGGUGAAGAAGAAUUGGCCUUGCGUAUCCACAGUUCGAAUUCUAAUUACAGUCCCAGAGCUUCACCACAUAGUAUAGAUUUACAGGGCGAAGCUAAGAAGAUGUCGAAUAAGGCGUUUCUAAUGUCUAUUUCAAGACUGGUGGUGGAAGAGCUGCGUCCAGUAUUAAGAUCCUCUUAUGUAGUAGUGUCAGAAUUGCUGCCGAGGUUCAAAGGAGCACUAGGCUUGAAGGCGAAAGACCAACGUUCUGAACCAAGUACCGCAGAGUUUUAUCAGACAAUGAAGGAUCAAAAAUUUCACGGACUUGCGCAGAAACUUCUAUCGCUACAUAAGUCACGUAUAUCAAGUGUUUUGAACUUGCUUUGGAUAUUUCUAGAGGAAGCAGCAUUGUGCGAUAUACUGGAACACUGUGUUGUAAGAGAAUGUCUACUCUUCGAUUUAGUACCUCCGGAUUUGAACUUCAACCUACAGAUAGAGGGAGUCUACGUUUUAUGUGGUCUGAUGCAGCAUCAAGAAACGAGACAUUAUCUUGCAAAAUAUGUGUUUUUUAAUAAAAUAACAUUUGAUAACUUCUUAAACGUCAAAUGCCCCGAUGAUGCCGUUUUACGUUCAGUAAUCCGAAAGCCAUGGUGGCAGCGUCCUACUUCCGUACAAGGGGAGGCAGACCCAAGAAUCGCUGAAAUGACAGAAAAGGGAACAAUAGAGAAGUCCACAUUCGUACCAGAUGUCAUAGAAAAAAUAUCAAAACUACAGUCUACCGCCGAAAGCGAUAGCAAAUUAGAAGCACAAUACAGAGAAGAUUGUAAUAAAAUAACCGAUGCGAUAACGCCAUUAGAAAGAAUACAGAUGGAAUUCCUCUUAAUGCUGCUUGAUAACUCUGACGGUACAAAUAUGGUACCAUCAACCAGAAAAAUCUUCUUGGAAAAGUUUAGGAGGUACAUUAUGGACAACUGCAUAUUGGACAUGAGGUUGUUUAACGUUUCUCGAAACUCUCCGGCCAUCUCCUGGUGUUGUCAUGCACGUCUUCUUUCAGCUGUAUUUCACCUAUGGAACGAAAACCCUUUAGGAAAUUCCCAAACCCCUCCUCAUAUUCCUGCAAGAACGUUUAUCGAUGGUGAGUUGGAUUUCUACAAUGUCGAUCGUCUUGGAGGUGUGCUACCAUUCCUUGUAAGGACAUUACGGCAGGAUUUAAUCAAUGUCCUUGGUGAAGAUAACACAUUUGUACAGAGCUUUGAACCAAACUACAAUAGAGCCGGAGGCAUCGACACUGGUGUAAGUGACAUGGCAGCUGGUUCACCAGGUCUUGCGACUCUUCCUCAAGUGAUAUCCUCAAUUGCAAGAUUUAUGCAUCCGCCCAUGACACCAAUACCGAACAGAACGACUGGUGAAACAGCUCUAGCAAUAAAAGGGACAAGAUCGAUGAUGCCCGGCGCCGGGCCCAUUGAUGACCGAAAUGCAUACUUGAGACUGCUUGAUGGACUUCUUGCGCUGUAUCACGGAGCAGCAAUAAAACAUGCUGAAAGGCUUUGUGAACUUCGUGACAAUCAACUAGACUUGGCUGACUGUCUUCAUGAUAUAGAACAUCGGAUUUUAAUUGUAACAAUGGAGCUUCAGGCUCUUUCAGAUAUCCCAACCAGAACAGAAGAAUGUCAAAAGAAAACAGAACUUUUUAAGGUCAUGCUCAAAGAACUAGAUCGAUCCAAAAGUGUAUACGAGGAGAAAUUGGAAGCCAGUGCUCUCCAGAUGUCAUGGGUGAUCGGUGCAGUGUGGACAAAGCAACGCCAGUCUGAGCUUGCCCGGCACUUUGCAGGAGCUUUGCAUUCGCUACGUAUUGCUUCUGACCUAGACUACGCCGCCCAUGUGCAAGCCACAAGCAAGGAAAUAUUGCCUGGAAAAAGUUUUUUAAUAGGAACACAGAGUUAUGCGUCACUUCAGUUGGAAUACACAUCUAGUUCUGAUCAAAGUCCACAGACACCCACAUCGAGGGCAGCUACGCCCCGAACUGAAUCUAACACUCAAGUUGGCAAUACCAGCCCUAACACUGGAGCUGAGUUCACGGAGUCAUUGUUUGCGUUCGUGCCUGAAUACCACGUGGAUGCGAUGCUAGAAUUGUGCAACACACUGAGACUUUAUAUGCACCCGACCAUAAACGUUCAGCAAAUACCAGAAUGGGAUGAACUGGUAGUAUCCUGCGCCGCAUUCCUAUGUGCAGAGUUCGCGGAUCCUCGGAUAGUACUUGCUAGUACUCGGGAAUCCCUUGUGCAGACUUUAGCUUCAUUCGCCACACAACCUCAAACCAUGCGUGCUAUUGAACGAGUCCCUUUGAAACAUCAAAUGUGUAUGAUUGAAGAGUUGGUACGCCCGUAUCAAAAUCGCGCGUGGGCGCAGUCAAACUGGGUGCUUGUGCGCUUUUGGCAUGGCACAGGCUUUGGGUAUCGGCACAGACAGUGGCCGCAUUUAGCUGCAAGUUUUGGUGACAGAGAACCAACGGUAAACAAUUUGGGAGCUAAAGUGGAUGCUGGACUUAUGAGUCAGUGUUUUGGACCAUGCCCAUCAGAAGUAGUACAGAGUCGUAUAGGAGACUACCUGAAGGACCACCCAAAAGAGUCUGCCGCAUUCCUCAACUCGCUGCUGAGUCAAUUAAACUGGGCAUUUUCAGAAUUCUUCACAAUGAUGCAAGAGAUGGACAGAGUGGAAGAAGAUGCUCACCUGGAGCCUCGUCAAAUAAAACUGUGUGCGACAUGCUUCGACCUGUAUCACGGAAUCGCUCGAGCCUUGGAAAUGACGCUAGCACUAUUCCCGGAAUUGCUAACAAAACCAAGUGCCAGCAACAACCAAAACGAACUCUUACUUGGAAGAACUUGUCAGAUACUAAUGGCAGUAGUAUCCAGAGUCUGCGUGCCAGGCGGUGGCAGUUCUAGCUUCGUGAGGCUGAUAAAUCGAGGUCUGCCUGAUACGGACAGGAUGCACUACUACGUGGCGUUGGCACCAGUUGCUGGCUGCUUGAUCAGGAUGCUGGACCCUAAGCUGGCCGAUGAGCAUCUGAAUAGAGUAACGAAUGCAUUGGUCUCCGAGCCACUAUUCCGAUUGGAUGGAUUGGAUUUUAUGUUGGAAAAAGAUAAAAGUAAACCAUUCUCUUUUUACAAAUUUCUAGGAGACGUCACAUUAGACGAGCUAGCAGCACUUGAAACGGUAGUGGGGCGACUCAGGAGUGCUAAAGAUACGCUGGCGCUGUCAGGAUCCCCUGGCUCAAGCGGCGCUCAGUCAGACCUACUUUGCACUAUAUGCUAUGCGAGAACAGCUGACACGGCUUUUGUACCUUGUGGACACCAUUCAUGCAGAUCAUGUAUAAUGCAGCAUUUACUGAACAGUAAACAGUGUUUCUUCUGUAAAGCGGAAAUCGAUACUGUACGAGAAAUAGAGCCUGCAAACAAUUGAAAACUAUUUAAAUAAUCAGUGGAGUUUUCCGAUACGUUUUGAUAUAUUUUAUCAAUUGAAAUGUUUACACUUUAGAGAUAGAAAUGUAAGG